UUCGUCUGCCAUUUUGCCCUGUAAGAAGUGUUCGACUGAAUAUAACUGCAAUCAAGAAGUGGGGUGAAAACCAAUCCAAUAUAAAAUGGCGGAUAGCGACAUUAGAUUGGAGAGUUAUGUGGACUGGAAAGGUCGACCUGCUUCGAGUUCCAAGCAUGGCGGAAUGAAAGCAGCCAAAUUUAUAUUCGUGGUGGAAGUGCUCGAGAAUAUGACCUUUAUUUCUAUUGCUACUAAUCUGAUCACCUACUUCCAUUCCUCCAUGCACUAUUCCAUCGCUGAUUCAGCCAACAUGCUCACCAAUUACAUGGGAACAUCAUUUUUGUUGACGCUCGUUGGUGGCUUUGUUUCUGACUCCUUCGUUAGCAGGUUCUGGACAAUCAUCUUCUUUGGAUCUAUAGAGACGCUUGGGCUAAUAAUGUUGACAGUGCAAGCUCAGAUACCUAGAAUGAAACCAGAGGUAGGCAGUAGCGAGCAUCCAAACGCAGGGCAGGCAGGCAUGCUGUACACAGGAUUGUAUAUGGUAGCAUUAGGGGCGGGGGGCGUGAAAUCCUCGUUACCAGCUCAUGGGGCGGACCAGUUUGACAGUGAGGGCAACAACCCUCUGCAAAAAAGGCUCCUUUCCACAUUCUUCAACUUCUACUUCUUCAGUCUCUGUGUGGGAGGACUGUUAGCGGUUACUAUAAUUGUGUGGGUGCAGGACAACCUAGGAUGGCAGUGGGGUUUCUUCAUUUCUACAGCGGCCAUAUUUAUUGCUCUCCUCUCAUUCGCCCUCGGUUUAACCACAUACAGCAACAAGAUACCAAGCGGAAGUCCCCUCACGCGCAUAGCUCAGGUGAUUGUAGCUGCCAUGAGAAACCGAAAGCUCCCGUUGCACAAUUCCCGCGUCACAGACUCCACAUUUCCUGAUUAUGUCGCUUCUCAGCAAACGGACCAAUUUCGGUUUCUGGACAAGGCUACAUUGGGUUGGGAAAUUACAAGCACAAGAAGCCGGUGGAGGGUGUGCACUGUGAAGCAGGUGGAGGAAACAAAACUAGUACUAAAACUAUUACCUAUAUUUGCAAGUACAAUAAUGAUGAAUUGCUGCCUGGCCCAGCUGCAGACCUUUUCUGUACAGCAAGGAAGUACCAUGAACAGGGCCCUGCACAGAUUGGAGAUACCAGCCGCCUCUCUUACUGCAAUUCCUCUGGUAUUUAUGGUGGUUCUAGUGCCGCUAUACGAGCGGGCAUUUGUGCCACUUGCACGGCGAAUCACAGGGCAAGAAAGCGGAAUAACCCAGUUGCAGAGGGUGGGAAUUGGGCUCCUCCUGUCGGCAGUGGCCAUGGGUGUGGCAGCAGCGGUGGAAAUGAAAAGGAAGCGGGUGGCCACAGACCAUGCUCUCCUUGACACAGCCCAACCACUGCCCAUUUCUGUAAUGUGGCUGGGAUGGCAGUUUCUGGUACUGGGUAUUGCUGAUAUGUUUACCUUGGCCGGGCUUCUGCAGUUUUUCUACAGCCAAGCUCCCCCAGGAAUGAAAUCUUUGUCCACCUCUCUGUCCUGGUGCUCCACAUCUUUUGGGUACUUUCUCAGUUCAGUAUUGGUAAUGGGGGUGAAUAGAAUAAGCCAGGAAUUUGGUAGCGGAGUGGGUUGGCUUUCUGGCAACAAUCUUAAUCGCCAACGUCUUGAUCUUUUCUACUGGCUGCUCUGCAUUCUCACCUCUGUCAAUUUCUUCCACUAUCUCUUCUGGGCGAAAUGGUACAAAUAUAAACCAUAGAAGUUCUUGGCCACCCACAAACUUGGCAUGACAGGUACUGCUGCAAAAUUGGUUGUUUCCAGUUCUCGAGACAUGAAUCAUGAGAUAGAUGAAUAGUUAAAGUUGGAUUGCUUAUGCCCCACACAGCAAUGUAUUGGACGGGACGCUCCUUGGAAUCUCUGUAGAAUCAGCUUUAUGUUCAUCCAUGUAUCACGUCUCGCAAAGUGCAGCUCUACAUUUGCCAAUGGCCUUUUUCCCUCCUUACCUUCUUUACUCUGAUGGGACAGUGUAUUCUUCGUAA